AGAUGGAUAGGAUUGAUUUCACCAAGAUUACCGGAAAAAGUAAGAAAACAGAUAUGAUAUUGACAACCGCCAAACGUGACCCACAUUAGCAAAUUAACGCCGAUCCUGAAUUCUUCCGGAAGAAAUAUCAGGGCUACAAAACGGGAAUGAUCCGAAUUUGGUUACAGGGAAGAAGGAGAAUCAGAGAAGAAGAAGAAGAAAUUCGCGGACGGAGAUGGAAGGUACAGGUAUAGGGUUUAUGAGCAAUAAAUGGAUUGCUACGGCCCUCAGUAUCUGGAUCCAGUGCGUCUCCGGCGCAUCCUACACCUUCAGCAUCUACUCCGCGGCUCUCAAAUCCACCCAGGGCUACGAUCAAUCCACCCUCGACACCGUUUCCGUUUUCAAGGACAUCGGCGCCAACGCCGGCGUUGUUUCUGGCUUUCUUUACACCGCCGUCACUCCCGCCACCCCCCGUCGUAGCUCCCCGGCUCGCUUUCUGUCUGGCCCAUGGAUCGUGCACGCCGGGGGAGCGAUUCAGUGGUUCGUCGGAUAUAUUUUUAUCUGGGCGGCGGUCUCCGGAGUGAUCGAUCGCCCGCCCGUCCCCGCGAUGUGCUUCUUUAUGUUUCUUGCUGCGCAUGCGCAGACGUUUUUCAAUACGGCGAACGUGGUCACUGGCGUGCACAAUUUUGCGCACUAUAGCGGAACAAUUGUCGGAAUCAUGAAGGGAUAUCUUGGUCUUAGUGGAGCACUGUUAAUCCAAGUUUAUAACACAUUCUGUAAUGGAGAACCAAGCAAUCUUCUCCUCAUGCUGGCUGUUUUGCCCACACUUCUUUCCCUCCUGGUCAUGUGGUUUGUUAGAAUCGACAAAACCGAGACUAGUAAUGAGAUGAAGCAUUUGAACUCAUUGUCUGCACUUGCUGUGAUACUUGCUUUUUAUCUAAUGAUUGUCAUCAUUCUGGAAAACACUUUCCCCCUUUCAUCUUGGACUCGUCUUUUGACAUUCUCCAUACUCUUGAUUCUCCUUGCUGCUCCUCUUGGAAUCUCCAUUAAUGCUCAGAGGGAGGACUUUGGAGGGUCAUCUCCUUCACCCUACACUGAAAAAAGUCCUGUUCUUGACGAACCUCUGGAAUAUCAUGAAUUGGCAAGUGAUGAGAGCCAGCAAAUUGCUGUUUCAAACUCCAGGGCCCCUCGAGCCAUGAAUGUCCUGGAAGCUAUACGUUCUAUAAACUUCUGGCUGCUGUUCUUUGCCAUGGUGUGUGGAAUGGGUUCCGGAUUGGCCACCAUAAACAACAUGAGCCAACUUGGACAAUCUCUUGGUUACACAGUAACAGAGACAAAAACCUUCGUUUCCUUGUGGAGCAUAUGGAACUUUCUUGGACGUUUUGGAGCUGGUUACACCUCUGAUUUCCUUCUCCACUCAUAUGGCUGGGCGAGGCCAUUGUUAAUGGCAAUUACUCUGCUCAUAAUGAGUGGUGGCCACAUCGUGAUCGCCUCUGGUUUCUCUGGAAAUCUGUACGUGGGUUCAGUUCUUGUUGGCAUAUGCUACGGCUCACAGUGGGGACUGAUGCCCACAAUCACUUCAGAGAUAUUUGGUUUAGAGCAUAUGGGUACUAUUUUCAACACCAUAGCCAUAGCCAGCCCUCUGGGGUCUUACAUUUUCUCUGUUAGAGUCAUCGGUUACAUUUACGACCGAGAAGCCGCCGGAAAACAUGGCUCCUGCUCCGGCACACACUGCUUUGUGGUAUCUUUUCUGGUCAUGGCCGCCGUGGCUUUCUUGGGCUUUCUUGUUGCUGCUGCUCUCUUCUUUCGGACUAGGAGAUUUUACCGGCUGGCUUUUCAAAGAAGAGUUGAACGCCUCAGUUAAAGGAAAGGAACAAGAGAGAAAGAGGAUCAGAUAUUGCUUGUAGGUUUAAUAGAAUUCUUGGAGGAUUCUGCCGAGUGUAAAGAAAUCUGUUUAUUAAGGUUUUACAAUUCGUUAUUCUUAGUGCGUAUACUUUGUAAACAUUAUGUUAAUUUGAGUCGUUAAAGAUAUGUUCGGUAACCUCCUCUUUUCUUGUUUUCAUUUAUCAUUUUUUGAAAAGAAAAAGGAGAAUUUCAUGGCCCAUCCAAGAAUGGCAAAACAACA